GUUCCUGGUACUCGUAGUCCACAUAAUAUGAUCGUUUCCGUGUGUCUAGCCGACGUUAGGUGUUGGAAUCUGCACUGCAAAGACAAACACAUGUGAAAUUAUUUACCAGGUAGGACAAACAGCUCGAUUCUACCGGCUCGAGCCUUUUGAACUUUUCAUUUGCACAAGACACGUCAACCAUAUUUAUUUGGUCAUUCUCAGUUAUUGAAAUGUGAAUGUAGAAGCUAACGUUACAACCAGUGUGCAAAAUCGGCGCUUACAUGGCGAUGCAUUUCCUUUUGUUCAGCUAGCUUAUGUAAAGAAAUACUGAAGCCCAGUGUUCACAACUAUCACUCAUUUUUAAUAAAACAGGGCGACUGGAAGAUUUGAUGAGGUUGUCCUCUUAGCUGUUUCCAAUUUUAGAUCCAGUGUAGCUGCAGGUUUACGACCAAACUCGACACGUCGACAUUUAUACGGCUAGUGUUUCUGAAGUUGCAUAUUUAUCUGCCUAACGCCUCAGCUGUAUAAAUGUGAAACCUGUACCUUAUAUUAGCAGUGAGCUAUGACAGUUAGCAUUAGCAUUUUUGCUUGUCGCAGUUAUGUUGUUUACAUCCGGUAAUGGGAGUCUGUUGGCUAAUUUGCAUGACUGUAGUUGAGUUAGUUAAAGGUAGCAGACCCAGCUGACAGGAGGGCUAUUGUGGGGCUGUUUGCACUACAUUAACUGCUUUUUAGGGGGUGUGAGCUCCGACUCUGCCAUGUUCACUAACUGACCUGUCUUUUGUCUCCCAGGGUUGUUUGAAUUUAUGGAAACAUGUCAAAGAAACGAGGCAGGUAAGUCUGGUAAAACCACUGACUCAGCUAUAUUCAAGUUUGUGACAUUUACAGCUUCUGCCAAAACUAGUCCAUUGGCCAUGAAACACACAAUAUUAAUGUCUCCUUAUGACUAACUUAAGUAAAAGAGACCUUAUAAAUGCUUUGAUAUUUCCAUACUGUUAUUUAUGAAGCCUAAGACAGCUUCCACAGGACAAGUGUCAAAUAAAGUGACAUACAGCGUGCCACAAGACUGUCCGUUUUACAUUUUCCACAGCAAAAAUCUACAGAUAGGGCUAAAUUUAAAGCUUGAAAGAAAGCAAUUAAGUAUUUUUCAUCUAGAAAUUUUAUUUACAUACGCAGAGUACCAAAGAGACUUGAGGGACUGCUUUGUUUACUAGGCUGCCAAAAUCUAAGAGUUCUUCAGUGGGGUUUUAACUUCUUUUCACAGUAUAAAUGACACAGCACCAGACACUCAAACUUACACUGUAAACAAAUCUUCUUUUGACUUUUUACGGACACAUGUUAGUUGUAUCCCCUAUUCUAUAAUUUAGAGUAAACAUUUACAAAUAGUCUUAGUGUCAAAUAGGUGUGGUGCAAUAAUAUCUCAGAGAUGUACAGAGUUGCCACUUUGCAAAUGGAAACACAGAACCAGGAUAAAGGUGUUAGAAAGAAAUCCUUACAUGGAAAAGACGUGUACAUUGCGUUAUUUAUUUAAUCUCUCCAGGCAAUUCUUAUUGCUGUUUGAUGGAAGGUGUCAUAUUUAUAGUCUUGUGUUUAACAGCACUAAAGCAAGUUUUCAUUUGUAGGAACAUGACUUAUCUUUUCAGAAAUCAAUUAAGCUGGAGCACUUUGAAGUGGAGGCAGAUCUCCCAUGAUAGCAUGUGAAAAUUAUAGCUAACAGACAAGCUCACACCCUUGGGCCCAUAUGUAGCUUUUCUGUUGUACAGAGUCCUUAUUGUUUUGAAAAACAACCCCAUAUUGACUGAUAAUUUCAUCUUCAUAGUCAGAAUGCAUAACCCAUCUUAAGUACUGACAGCUUCACGGAGCUCACCCUACUUUAGAUCUAAAACUGCUAUAUGACCUAACCCUUUUCUUCACAUUCAAAGGAAACGUAGCAGUGGAGAGCUGAGUGAGAGCUCAGCGUCAACCCUGAGCCCGGAUCCAGACAACCUGCUGGGCCGCAGGAUUCAGCACACCUGGAGAGAGAAGGGGAAUGUGACCAAGUGGAAAGGCACCGUCCUGGAGCGGCUCACGGUGAACAGCUCCCUCUACAUGGUCAAAUAUGACGGCUUUGAUUGUGUGUACGGCAUCGAGCUCUUCAAAGACGGCCGAGUGUCCAACCUGCAAGUGUUGGCAGAGAAAGUUUGUGAGUAUUAAACAGUUCAUCUGAUAUCAUAGACAUAGCUUUGUUUUUAGUCUUUUUGUAUUUAGAAAUUGAGACAUAUUGUCCAUUAUCUUUUGAUUCUUGGUCAUGUUUAUGCAGUGUUUGUCACCACAGCAGGAAUGAUUCCCAGCAGUCCUUUUUUGAAGGCUUUUCUGUUUGAAGUUUGAGGGUUUUUUCUUUCUUCCCUACAAGUGUUGGGACUGUUGUUGCCAAUAGUGUUCUUCUUUUGUUGAUUUGAAAUACAGCACUGUUCGCUUAAAAAGAGCCCUGAAGUCAUGUCACAAAAGCAACAGUUUUUGAUUAGUUAUCUCUUGAAAUGAUAACACCAAAAGUGUGAUCACUUUAACCCAAUCAACACUUGGUUUUACCUCAGUCAGUGGAGUUUGUCAAUCUUUGUCUUAUAUAUAUGUCAGUCAGUAGUCUGUAUCAAGGUCACUUGGAACAUUUCCGUACCUAAGUGUGCUAAAAUAGCGUGCAUUUUUGUGUCGGUUUAUCACAAGCAACUGCAGCAAAAUCCAUUUUAAUGCAUGAUUGUCAAGUUAGAGGAAGUCUAGGGGCUGUAAAUAUUUAUGAACUGUUCUGUUUUAAGGAAAUAUUGAGCAAAUAUUCUGCUGUGGGCUUUUUUCAGAUUUUAUUUCUGCUAUUUUAGUAUUAUUAGAGGAAAAUAUUAAUAAAUUACAAUAAAUAAGUGAGCCUGUUCUGAGUUAUCUAUGAUCUAUUGCUAUCUAUUUAGUUAUAAAACUUACCAAAGCAUCUUUUUUCAUAGUGAACAAUAAAAUCAAGGUGCCUCCUGGGGCAGAGGAGCUUGUGGGCCGAGCAGUGGAGCAUUUGUUUGAGAAGGAGGACGGGGAGAAAAACGAGUGGCGGGGCAUGGUGCUUUCCCGAGCCCCCAUCAUGACCCACUGGUAUUACAUCACCUAUGAGAAGGACCCAGUGCUGUACAUGUACCAGCUGUGGGACGACUACAAAGAUGGAGAUCUACGUGUCCUGCCUGAAUCAGGUACAGUAUCAAGAGUUGUGUGGAGAGUUUGAAUAAAACUGUUUAUUGUUUCAUAAUUCAGAAACUGCUGGAAGGUGGGAGGAAGAGAAUGGGACUAAUUUACAUAGUCAGCAUUACAAAACACUCUAUUCUCUAUUCUAUUCUCUAUCUUUUCUUUCCCUGAUCAUUUUGUGCUGAGAUUCCAUUUGAUUUAAUGAAAAGAAAGUAUGUUCUGUCAUGGGCCCUCUUUUUUUCUACAACACCAGUCCCAAAACAAUUGAGACGCUGAGUUAAUUUUUUAAUAUAAACAGAUUUUUAAUGGUGUGCAAAUCAUUUAAACCCAGUAUUUCAUUUGAAAUGUGGAAAAAGUUCAAAAUGUUGAUACAAAGGAGUCAUUGUCUUGUGAAAACCUUAUCCUCUGUUUAAACUAUGUUUCAUGUUUCAUGUUUGUUUAUGUUUGUUUAUUUAUUUCAUUUCAUUCAUGAUACAUGAUAUAAUACAUUGCACUCAUCCUUUUUUUUUUUUUAUUGUAUUUUUUUUUUCUCAUGUAAUCAUGUGAAAUGAAAAGGAGCAGACAGAAGACAAGUCUUAUGUACGACUGCCCCUUCACUACAACACAUUUAUCUAUGUCAACCAGCCAGCAAUUGAUCAAAAUAUUAUGUAGUUAAGGUCCAAAAAAUACCACAAACAAACAAACAAAAGAAAAAAACCAAACAAAAAAACAAUAACAAAAAAAACAAAAAAAAAAAAAACAAACUGACACAUCAUCAGUCAUCCACUUCAUCCAAUUCAUAAUUUUUGAUUUUCCCUCUUUUAAACUUUUUCUUAAACUGAAACAUUGUUGUACAACUCUUCAACUCAGUAUUUUGCGAAUUCCAUAACUUAAUACCUGCAACAGAGAUACACAUCUGCUUUAGCGUUGUCCGAGCAAACUGGUGUUUAAAAUCAUAUGGUCUCCUGAGGUUUUCACUCUCUGAGCUAAUUUCAAAUAACCCUUGCAGCUGUUUUGGUAAAACUUUGUCUUUCGCUCUGAACACCACCAGAAGUGUUCUUAGCUCCAUUAAGUGUGUUAUUUUCAGUAAGCCUGACAACAUAAAAAGUCUAUUGGUAUGUGCUCUGUAAUCUUCUUUAUGAAUAAUUCUCAAUGCUCUUUUUUGUAGCUUAAUCAGGGGAGUAAUAUUCGUCUUGUAUGUAUUGCCCCAUACUUCCAAAAGUAAAAUAUGGUAAAACCAGUGAACAAUACAACGUUCUCAAAGUGCUUGUAUCCAAAUCAUGUUUUACUUUGUUCAAAAUAAAAAGGCUCUUGGCCACUUUCUUCUUUCUUCUUGGGGCUUUGCACUUAGCACGUUUUAGAAACAUAAAUGAAGCUAGUUUUUGUCCCCACUCUUAAAAUAAUAAAAAAAAAAAAGGACUAUAUUUACAGAUUUGUACCAUCUUACUUUUUCGGCGCAUCCUUCUGUUAGGGUUCCAAGCACCCAUCCAGCCUGAAAGAAUUGAGAUAUAUGUGAGAUAAUUUACAGUCUGAACUCUGAAAAGCUGAAUUUUACAAAUAAGAAAUUGUACCCCCUUGAUUCACUGCUUUUAUUUUGUCUUUAAGCCAUCUGAUUGUCAUUUAUCUGUCUGUCUUUUAUCAGAAAACAAACACCUGCUCCCAGCAGACAGGAAGCCAGGUGAGGAGCCAGAGAGCCUUGUGGGUAAACAGGUGGAGUACGUAACAGAUAAUGGCAUCAAAAGGACGGGCUUGGUCAUUUACCAGGUCCCAGCAAAGCCCACAGUAUACUACAUUAAAUAUGAUGAUGACAUCCACAUCCACGUCUAUGAUUUGGUGAAGACCACCUAGUACUGACUGUACACUUUUUCCACUGAUGGCUCAUCUGCGACCUGACCAGUCGUUACCUGUGAAAGUGUUACAUAUUUCAGUUCUUCUCUAGUUGGAGAUGAUGUGCCGAAAUUCAAAACCGCCAUCUUCUUUUAAUUUUAAUUUUAUAAUCCCACAUUGCAAGACAUGUUGGCGUUUGAUUCUCAGUUUGAAGUCAACCUUGAAGUUUGACUACGAGGUCCUCUCCAUUGUAAAUAAUGCAGUCAGAGAGCCCAGCAGAUGAAAUGGAGUGAGGAGUUUUGUGAAAUCAUUCUUGUAUAGUGAAACUUUCAGACUCCAAGUUCAUACUUUUGCUAAAAAAAAAAUCACAGCAAACCUAGAAAAGUCAUCUUUCUUACCAACAGCCCCGUGUUUUACCCACAACCCUUUUUAAAAUGCCUGUGCUAUUUAUUUCAUCUGGAAUAUCUCGCUGUUCUGAUGGUAACAUUUUGGCAAACUUUGUCUGCUGUGCUUUAUGUGUGUCACUGGGUAGGCCGUUCAGUUCAUUGAAUAUAGGUGUAAUAUUCAUUUAACAAGUGUGCUAAUUUUACCAUCACAGUGAAGUCGCAUUUCAGUUGAAGUGUAUAGACAUUGAUGAGCAGUGACUGUCUCACUUCUCACAUUUAAAACAGAUUAUUCUUUCUAAAAUCAUGUAUCAUAUAUCUUUUUGUUUCCACAUGUAAACUGCAAGUUUUCUACAUUAAUAUAAUAUAUGAAAAAAUAUGGUGUUGUUGUUGAGUUGUUUCAAGGUGUUUGUGCUACACGAUAUUUAUGUAGUUCAAAUUGGCCUCCAACAUUGUUUAGUAUUUGGACUAAGGUCUUAAUAUUAUUAUUUGCCAAAAAAAUGAAUGAUGUGAUAUGAUAUAUACAGGCCUGUUCUUUGUGACCUGAAUCAUGUUCUGUUCUGUAAAUAUAAUCUGAGACAUUUUUAUGAAUAUAAAAGAGAGCUGCUUGAAAAUAA